GUGCUUCAUGAACAAAAAAGACAAAUAAGGAACGUGCGCAGUCAAGUUCUCCAAAGUCCACACAUCAUUGAGGAAAACAUGGAGGGGUUUUGGUCUGCGAGGUGUUGAACUCUCUGCAAUCUCACCAGGUGAAUUUGCAUCCUAGUAUCUUCAGAUAUAAGUUAGCUGAGAUUAAUUAUUGAAGAAAAGUGAAGCAAGCAUAGGCAAUUAGGCAUAUAUAGCUGAAUCUUUGUGUUUCAAAUUGGAAGAAUGGUUCUCAAGUUUUUGGGUUUUGGCCGUUCCAAGAAGCACUCAAGUUCAUCUAAGAAGCCCUGCCCAACUGUAAUAGAAGAGCUGUGCACUCGAUUUUCUCUCGCCGAUCUUGAGAAAGCAACCAAUAACUUUGAUGAAAAAAAUGUAAUUGGACAAGGAGCCUUUUGUAAAGUUUAUAAAGGUUAUCUCAAAAUUGAUCAUGUUGCUACUGCAGUAGCUGUGAAGCGAAGGGGUAUUUUAUUAAGGCAGCAAGGUGAGGAACCGUUCAAGAUGGAAACUAAGUUGCUCUGCCAACUCCGUCACCCCAAUUUGAUCACUCUGAUCGGAUUCUGCUUCGACGAUGAUGAGAAGAUUAUCGUGUACGAGUACAUGUCCAAUGGUUCCCUCACUGAUCGAGUACUGAGUAAGGAUGCAAGGGAACCACUGUCGUGGAAGACGAGGCUAGAGAUCUGCAUAGGAGCAGCACGUGCGGUGCACUACAUUCACUCGGGACUCAAACGCACCAUCAUUCACCGUCGCGUCAACCCCUCUAACAUUCUUUUGGAUGACAACAUGGUACCUAAACUCUCUGAUUUCGGGAUUUCCAUACAAGGACAGUUGUUCACAGAAAAACCAAAACCAAUUGAAGGAAAACCCCCUGCUGGUACAUUUGGUUACAUGCCUCCCGAGGGUCUAAGCCAAGAAAUCUUGACAGAUAAAUUUGAUGUUUAUUCAUUUGGUGUUGUUCUAUUAGAAGUGGUAUGUGCAAAGCGACUCGGGAGAUUUAUUUAUGAGACUUCUGAUUGUGAAGAAAUAGAAACGUCUAAUAAUGGUUCAGAAUCUCCGUCUCAUAUCACAGAUAAUGGUUCAGAAUCUCCAUCUCAUAUCACAGAUCAUGGUUCAGAAUCUCCAUCUCAUAUCACAGAUCAUGGUUCAGAAUCUCCAUAUCAUAUCACAGAUCAUCAUAUCACAGAUCACAUUAUGUUAAAGCUCCAAGCAGAGGAGAUUGAUCCGGCUCUGGUAGGAAAUAUUGCACCAGAGUGUUAUGCAGUGUACAUAGAUAUCAUUGAUAGGUGCUUGAAGCACGAACCAGAUGAACGACCAACAAUGGGUGAAGUGGAAGUUCUACUUGAGCAUGCGCUGACUUUGCAACUGGUGGAAGACGCCAGAGAUACUAGUGACGAUUAUCUCUGAUUAUUCACUAGCAUUACACAAACACAACAACAAGAGGCUCCAAUUUAAGCUUAGAAUAUGUUGUUUUCAUGAGCCAUGGGUGCAUGCCGUAUUUAUUUCUUUGUUGCUUCGCAACCUGUAACAUCAACCACUGCUUGAGACUAACACACACAAUAAUCUACUGCAUAAUUUAGCAGAAAAUUAGAGUAAGAGGAAGUGUUUUGGGGGCUGAAUUUCUUUCGUAUUUCUCCGGUUAUUAUUUGCAUCAUAUACUCAUGUACUUAUAGUAUGAUAACUGACUGUUACAACUAUCAAAGAGUUACACCAACUUCAUUUUAAUA